AUGCUGCCCGACCUCCAGCUCGCGGGCAACUUGCCCUCCGUCCUGCUCCUGCUCGGGUUUGCAUACUUCCUCUCGAUCGCGUUCCGAGUCCGAAAGAACCCCCUCUCGUCCCUCCCAGGCCCCAAAUACACGAAAUGGACCGACCUGCUGCUGAAGUACUACACCGUCACCGGGCAGCGUCCUCGCUACGUGCACGCCCUGCACCAGAAAUACGGCCCCCUCGUACGCAUCUCCCCCACAACCCUCGACAUCAGCGACAUCCCCGCCGCCCGCGAAAUCCACCGCAUCGCAAGCCCCUUCCUCAAAGCGCCCUUCUACAAACUCCUCACCCGCAAAGACGGCGAGAGCCUCUUCUCCACCAUCGACCCAGACUACCACCGCCGCCACCGCCGCCUCCUCUCCUCCCCCCUCUCCGACAACAACCUGCGCACGCUGGAGCCGCUCGUCAAAGCACGCGUCCAACUCGCGGUUACCCGCAUGGCCGAGGAGGCACGCCAACGCUCCGUAGCAGACAUCUACAAGUGGUUCUUCUUCAUGGCGACGGACAUCAUCGGCGAGCUGAGCUUCGGCGACUCGUUCCGGAUGCUCGAGGUCGGGAAGAAGAACCAGUACAUUGCGGACCUGGAGACCGUGGCCAAGAUCGGGGGCAUCCGCGCGAACUUUCCCUGGGUGAUUUCGCUCGGCCAGGUGCUGCCGCUGAGUAUCUUUAAGGAGGUUGUUGUCUCUACCGAUCGCAUUCUCGAGUAUGCGACCCUGUCGGUGGAGCGGUAUAAGCGGCAUCUAGCCCUGAAUCCGGACCAGCCGAAGCCGACGCUCUUUACGAAGCUGUAUGAUGCCAGUCUCGUUAAGGAAGACGGGGGCGAGAGUCUCAGUGAUCGGGAGAUACGCAACGAUGCGCAGAGCUUCAUUGUCGCUGGGAGUGAUACGACGGCGAAUACGCUGACGUACCUUGUUUGGUCGGUGCUGAGGGAUAGAACUAUCCAGGACCGACUCGUCGCGGAACUCGAUGCGCUGGUUAAGACGCUGCAGAUUGAAGAGGGGAUCGACGAGGAGGGUCUCUCGGAUGUCCACCUGCGUGACCUGCCGUACUUCAACCAGGUCAUCAACGAGGCGCUGCGUCUGUACCCUGCUGUUCCGUCUGGGUUGCCGCGGGUUGUUCCUGAGAAGGGGAGCACGCUGGCCGGACACUGGAUCCCGGGUGGUGCGACGGUCACGACGCAGUUGUAUUCGCUGCAUCGGGAUGGCGAGGUUUUUGAGGAUCCGGAGAGAUUCGACCCCUCCCGCUGGGAAAAUCCCACCAAGGCCAUGAAGGACGCCUACAUGCCCUUUGGCGCUGGGUCGCGGAAUGGGAUUAGACUGCGUCGGCCUGCACCUAGCGAAGAUGGAACUCCGCCUCGCAACAGCGUCCUUCUUCCGCGCGUUCCCCCGAGCACGGAUGUCGAGCAAGGAGGGCAUGAGUGA